AUGGACCGUGCUGUCCCUGACCAUUCGGAAGCCGAAGAACUCAACGGUGGCAAUACCAUCUAUAGCACUGCUGCAUAUGGCCAUGUUGAUGUGAUUGCGAGAAUGCGUUGUGACAACUUCGAUGGCUAUUCUCCAAUGUUCGCCACCGGCACUGUCCAGGACUUUGACCCAGCUUUCUAUGCAGCAAACGGGUGCACAGCUCAUACCUGUGAUGUAGUAGCUGGUUACAGAUACGCGGAGGGGUCGGUGAAGGACGGUGCGUGUGGGAAGGAGAAUAACGCCGAAGUAGGGAAGGAGAAUAAUGCCGAAGUAGAAAAGAAGGCGCAUAAUAACAAUAACAGUAACCAAUAG